AUGAAAGUCCAAGUAUUGACACUGAUUUCUGCUGUGAUGGCAUUGAUUUGCCCUAUCCAAGCCAUGCACAUCUACUUAAAGCCAGAAGAAACAAAAUGUUACUAUGAACAUCUAACUGCUAAUAGUUUAUUAAUUGGUGACCUUGAUGCAUUUGUUGAAAGAAAUGGUGCAUUUGUGGAGGAUUCAGGUAUCAAAGUUAAGGUUACCAUUGAUGAAACAUUCGACAACAAUCAACGUGUUUUGAACCAAAAGAAUUCUAACAGUGGUGAUUUUUCAUUCACUGCCUUGGAAACAGGUGAACAUAGAAUAUGUUUAACUCCAUCUUACAGUGAUGCAUCUGCCAACAUUAGAGUAUUUGUUGAUUUUGAGAUCAGUCACGUUCACUCAUUAGACAGUAAAAGAAAGGACGAUGUCGAAUCCCUAAAGUCUAGAGUCCUGCAAUUGACCCAAAGACUUGAUGCUAUAAAGGGUGUUCAAGGUGACAUCAGAGACAAUGAAGCCAAAUUCAGAAAUCAAAGUGAAUCUGCCAACAGUAAAAUUAUGUUCUGGUCUGUUUUACAAGUCAUUGCUCUAGGUUGUACAUGUGCAUUUCAAUUAAAUUAUCUAAAGAACUUCUUUGUUAAACAAAAGGUUGUGUGA